AUGGAUAUUCUAUCGCAGAUCAGUGGCUCGUCCGUGGCCGUCGCAUCCGCCCUCUCCGUUGCUGCGGGCGCUUAUCUGAAUGCCAAAUGGUCCAUUUCGACCGACCUGUCCGCAAUUCAACAUGAUCGCUCCUUUGGCAAGCGAUUGGGUCAGCGCAUCGCCCAGCUCGGCGACACGGCUACCGUAUACAAGAUGCUGGAACGGGUGGUGGACGUGGACGGGCAGGGCUCGUCGGAGGCGCUCUGGUUCGAGCACAAGACCUGGACCUACAGUCAAUUGAAAGAGCUUGUGGAUCGAUUUGCUGCGCUUCUUCAUGGACGAGAUAUCAAACCCGGGGAUUUUGUCGGGGUCUUCACCACCAAUUCCCCCGAGAUGGUCGUCACGAUCUAUGCGCUCUCGAAGCUUGGGGCCGUGGCUGCCCUCAUCAAUACCAAUCUGCGCGACGACACUUUCGUCCACUGUCUUAAUGUGUCGGGCUCUAAAUUCAUCAUCUCAACUCCAGACUUGUCGCAGUUCGUGUCUACCGAUCUACCUCAUAUCACCAUGAACAUAUCGUCCUUCGACGACGUUUCUCCAGGCACGACAGAACUUGUAACUGCCGCAGACCUACAGCAGUUCUCGCCCGUCGGUCUUGCUGCUGCACGGAGAUCCCCCAGCGAUCUCAACGUGCUGAUCUACACAUCCGGCACGACAGGCAAGCCCAAAGCCUGCGCCAUCCGCAACAUGCAAGCCAUCGUAACAUCCAACCCUCUCACCGUCGACAUCAACAACCCCUCGAAAUACUACCCCCUGCGCACCUACUCCUCUCUCCCCCUCUUCCACGGCACCGCCUACUUCACCGGCAUCUGCUACGCCGUCGGCAACGCCGGCACACUAUGCCUGCGCCGCAAAUUCUCCGCGUCCCAAUUCUGGAAAGACGUCCACGACUCGCGCGCCACACGUAUCCUCUACAUCGGCGAACUCUGCCGCUACCUCCUCUCGACGCCCCCGUCCCCCUACGACCGCAACCACGCCUGCAUCGUCGCCAACGGCAACGGUCUCCGCGAAGAGAUCUGGGACCGAUUCCGCCAGCGCUUCAACGUGCCUGAGAUCCGUGAAUUCUACCGCUCCACGGAGGGGGUGGCCAAGUUCGACAACUUCGGCGACGGCGCCUGGGGUGUCGGGAAGAUCGGGUUCUCGGGCCCCCUGCGCCGCUUCCUCGACGACGACGUCUUCAUCGUUAAAUACGAUCCCGAUACAGAGCUGCCCUACCGGGAUCCAGGCACGGGGUUCUGUGUCCGCGCUGCGCUGGGCGAGGAAGGCGAGGCGAUUGGUCGUGUGCGGAACCGUGGCCUCCUCACCGAGUAUCUGCAUAAUCAGGACGCGACGGAGGGGAAGCUCCUGCGUGACGUGUUCCGGAAAGGCGAUCUCUUCCAGCGCACGGGGGAUCUCGUCGUUCGGGAUUCGUCCGGCUGGGUUAAGUUCCAGGAUCGCGUGGGGGAUACGUUUCGCUGGAAGGGCGAGAAUGUGAGUGCGGGGGAGGUGAGAGAUCAUAUCUGUCGGAUUCCCGGGGUGCAUGAUGCUGUGGUCUAUGGUGUGAAGCUUAACGGCUAUGACGGCCAAGCCGGUGCAGCAGGCAUCACACUUGAGGACGCCUCCUCCGAGGGCAAAUUCAUGACGAACCUCUACCGCGAGCUCAAGAAGAAGGGCGUUCCAUCGUAUGCGCUUCCGCGACUGGUUCGCAUUACCGAGAAAGUCGCCACCGGCGUCACCUUCAAACAAGCCAAAGGCGAUCUUGCGAAGAAGGGAUGGGAUCCGAGCAAGGACUGGAACGGCGAUAAGCUGUAUUGGUUGAAUGGGUCGCACUAUGAGGGACUGGAUCCGUCGAGUUGGUUGUCGAUAGAGUCGGGGCGGGCGAAGCUGUGA